UUCAUCAUAUUUGUUUCGAUUGUUUCAAUAAAUGUGGGCGUGUUCGGCUACAUGACGCUUUGGGGAGUCAAUCUGGACGCUGUGUCCAUGAUCUCGAUCAUAAUGAGUAUUGGUUUUGCCGUCGAUUUGUCUGGACAUAUCGUCUACGCCUUUGUCUCCUCCCAUGGUGACACCAGCGAACGAGUUAUUGGAGCGCUUAAAACGAUUGGCUGGCCGAUAUUUCAGGGUGCCUCAUCAACAAUUGCUGGGAUAACAAUCUUGUACACAGUAGAUGCAUACAUUAUACUAGUAUUUUUUAAAACCAUCUGGCUGACGAUGGUGAUCGGCGCUAUUCACGGGCUCUUCUUCAUACCGGUAUUCAUUUCAAUUUUUCCUGUUGGAUUUUUCCGGAUACCAGAAUUCUCAGAACUACACUGA